UUCGCCCCAACAAUGCACUGCUGUGUGUAUCCAAGCGCGCUUUAUAUUUUAGGGCUCUUCGACCGUUGAGCUUCGAUGCUUUACGUAGAAGCACCAUCGAUGACUGAGAAUAAUUCUUGUCAAAUGCUAAAGGUAUUGCGAGCGAUCCACGGGCAUCUGUCUCAAACACACAAGUCCCAAUUCGGGAGCAGCAAUUAUACCCGCAUAACUGUUUCAUAUCUUGACAACUCCAACGAAACCCUAGUUCCUGAUUUGGGCCAAGAGUUCGAAUUGAACGAGGCUGAGGAGGUUCCGUCAACAAAAUCUUCAGAACAGGAAGACCCAUUUGCAAGAGAGAACGCCAAACGGUUUGGUCAGAGCAGUUCGACGAAGACAUGUGAGGUUCGGAUUUCGCAUCCUUGGCCGGAGUGGGUGGAGUUGAUGGAGCAAUUGCUGAAAAAUGGGUUUUUCGAAGGAGUUGGGAAUCCGUUCCAGAAACGUGAAUUGGAUGCUAAGCAUGCUAACCGGAUUCGCACUGCUUGCCUUAAUUUUGCUCGUGAUAGGUUUGAUCUUAUGAGGUACUUUUCGAGGAAACAUAUCCAGGUGAUUGCAGGAUCUGGAUGUCCAGUCACAGACAGGAAAGUUGUCAACUCAGGGAAGCGUUUAAGAGCACAUGUGGGUGUUGAUGAAGAAAAUGUUUGUAGCUCCUGCUAUUUGAGGGGAAACUGUGAGAGGGCAUAUGCUAAGGCACGUGGUGGGGAAGCUGCAGAGACUGUGGAUGUCAUGCGCUACUUGUUAACAUAUGGACUUGAUCCUGUUACUGGUGUAGUGGAGAACAAGCCAUGCCUUAACAAAUCAGUGAUGGAAUCAGUGAGAAAGUUGCUGAAGGAAAUCAUAGAGCAUAGCAUGAAGGAACUUAGUUCUGAUCCCCCAGUUGUCAAGUUUACAAAAUGGCAUUCUUCCAUGCAUGAUUCAAUUCACCAAAGAAGACUAAGAACACUUCAGGAGGAUCAGGAUCAUCGUGUGUUAAAGAAGGGCGAUUGGAUUUGUAACAAAUGCAAUUUCUUGAACUUUGCAAACAAAACAAGAUGCUUGCAGUGCAAUGAAAAACCAUCCAAGCGGCAACUCAAUCCUGGGGAGUGGGAAUGCAAUUCGUGCAACUACAUAAAUUUCAGAAGAAAUGCCAGAUGCAAAAAAUGUGAUCAUAGAAGGUUGAAAGUGUCGUAUCGUAAUGACUCCUGCUUGCAACCCCAGCAUGAUAAUUGAAGCUACAAUCAUCCAAAACCUUUUGAGGGGCAACAGCAACCAAUAAGAUACAGAGGGCGCCAUAUAUAGACUUUGGAUGAUGAAAAGAAACAAAAUGAUGAGUUAAAUUUACCUUAUUCCGGUUCAUGAUUUUUAUAAUUAGACAUCAGAGAAAUUUUACUUGGAAUGCACAAAGGCGAGAAAGGAUGGAAGAUUAAGCCAUUGGGAGGGGAAAAGCAAAUGCAAAUGAAUUUCUUGUCUGCCAUUGGAAUGCCAUUGACAGGUAACUGAAUGAUUUGGACAAGUGAGAGGAGCAAACAGAAAGCAUCGUUUCUGUACCUGACAGUUAGAAAUUUAUGCAACUUGGAGGUGGUAAAUUAUGGAGAUUAAAUGGAUUCAUCGCUAUUGAAAGCCCCUUAAUCCCACUAGGUGGGGUCAGUGUGGAGAUUAACUGGAUUAUUGAGAAAUUAUGAAACUUGGAGCCGCUAAAUUAUGAAAAUUAAAUACAUUAGCUCAUGGAAAAGUUUUCUGACAAAUGCAAGGAUCUCUAUCAGGUUCAGUUCAUUCCUCCUUUUCCUUUUCAUAUAUUUUUCCCAUCCCUUUCGGUGAUAUUAUCCUCUUGUUAUAGGAAAAUGAUGCAGAAGUGCCUCCACGACCGACAAUUAUGCUUAAUAGGGUGUGUUUUCAUGCAUGCAUCUCUCAUCCUAACGUGAAGGACAGCGUGCUGGAUCCUUUUUGCAUCGACUUCCUUCAAGCACUGUGUCAUCAUUGCCUUCGUCUAAUAUUCCUCACGAAUACGCAAAGGUCCCAUUGAUCACACAACCACACACUCUCCUCUAGGCUAGCAUAGUACUCGUGUAGCUAAUCUUGAACUGCUUUGAUUGAAAGAUUUUGACGUUUGAGAUAUGUAUAUUGUGAUGUUAUCGAUGGGCAAGACUCUGCAAGCUCUUCAAUUACCACUAUCUUAUCUUUUUAAGUGA